CUAGCCGUCAGAGUCGUUGUGCGUGGAGAGAUGAUUCGCUUAGCAGUUGUCUAGAUCCAAUGUACGAGUGACAGAACGACCGAAGCUAUCCGGGCCUUACAGAGGGACGUAGGUGUUGCAACGAUAUGGAACACGGCGUCGUCCAGAAGCGUUUUUCGUUUGCGAGCGAAUUGGAGCAGUAUCAGUACAUGAUCGAUCGCUCUGCAAGACGCCUGGACGCUCUGCGCUCCCUCGACACGACGACCAGCACGACAGUCCAGCAGGAAGUGCGAGAAUUGGAGGCCAAGUUGAUACGCCUUUUCGGUCGUCAGUUGGCUCUCCUCAACAGCAUCGGUAGCGAGUCUCUAGAUACGGACUUCGAGCUGCAGCAGUAUCCCAAGUUUCGGCUCUGGCUGGAGGUGGUCGGCUUGCAGCAAAAGACCAUUGAGAUGCUUAUGUUGCACGACCUUGAUGUGCGUUCGCUGAAGAACAUGUGCAGGCAGCAGGUGGAGGAGAUUAUUAGCAAAUGUGGAGGCGACGAGGAGGACAGACGAUGUCUUGUGACUGCACUCGAAAAGCUCAAAAUGUACAGUGAAACAUUAGAACGCGGUGACACUACAACAGGAAAAGAGAUUCUGUACUGGGACUCGUAUAGAAACACUGACGGUGUUCGAUCUGCGGUGAGUCGUCUAAUGAGCUACCAGAACUCUAUAGAAGUUAGUCCACCUUGUAGCCCAGGUGUGGUUUCAAAGUCACCUCCUGGAACAAGAAGGCAGCAGAAUUCACCAUCACCAAUGCCGACCAAUCGAACUCAUUCACCAACUCCACCAUAUUCAGGGAGUGCGUCUACUACACCUGUUAGUAGCACGCCACCAUCCACUCCAGGAUCCACUCGGCAUUUUCUUAUCACAUUGGGAUCGUCGGGACCAACACGAAGAGCUCGGUCACAGGAUGAUCGUUUUAUGAACAGCACAUCUAGUGCUAGCGUCAGUAAAUCGGGAUCGGCUAGUAAUCUUGUAUUUAGAACAGAGAGAGGCUCAAUGGAAAGACGCAGGAACAGAAGUUGUGAUGCAUUACUGGAAACGAGUGUUCGAAAUACAGUAGAAAGUGGUUCUAUUUGCUCAACGACAAGUAGAACGACUGACAAACAAAGCAAGUCAAAAAUAAAGUCGUUUGCAAAGAAGGUGGCGAGUCUAAAAAGAAGUGAUCCGGUUUAUACUGUGAAAGGCUUACUGGAAGAAGAUGCAUUCCCACUUCCGUCGUCUCCUGUUGGAAUGAGACAUUCUAUUGAACACAGAUUCAGAAGUAAGAUGUUCUUGGGAAGUCAGGAAUGUGAUUUUUGUCACAAGGUAAUGGUUCGAGGAAAGAAAUGCUCUGAAUGCAAGUUUAAAUGUCAUAAGAAAUGUGAGCGCCACGUCCCGUCAUCUUGCGGUCUUCCCGCUGGUUAUGAAAAGUUUUUCAAGAUGCAGAUUCUGCAGAGUGAGCCAUUUUCUGGAACUCAUUUUAGUCAAAGACAGUCUCCUAAACUUGGUUGUCACUCUCCCGUAACGAAGCAUACUGAGAAGAAGCGGACUAUUUCAUCAAUUUCGUCACCAAUUGCUGCUGUGAAUUACGAAGAGCCUAAGUCUACUUUACCAAGCAGUCUCAGUCACAGCGAUUUGCUGGAUAGAAUUCAUGACAACUCGCGGUUGUCACCACAAACGGCGAGGAGAUACCCACAGACUUCGGGUAGUUCGUCGACACCGCCUUCACCAUUGUCUCCGAUUUCUUAUUCCUCCUCGUCUCCAAACUCGCCAAUGAUUGCUGUAGGAGAUCUACAGACAACACAAAGGGAGUUACAGCCAAUGCCUUUUCGUUUUCCAAGUGUUUCGGCUACUACAGAUGACUUACUUGGAGAUAAGUUUCAAAUUCCUCAGCUACUUGUUCAUCGGCCAUUGUUGGCACAAUCCAAAAAUGCACACUCUCGAUCGGUCGACCAACUGGAUGGUGUAGAAACAAACAAGGAAACGAGCGAAGAGGUCAACGCUCAAGAGCAGCAGCAACACAACACUCUAGAAACCGAAGAGCUGGAGCACACGUUACAAAACAAGUCCGACAUACAGGAUCAAGAGGAGGAUGCCGAUGGCAAUUACACAGAAAGCUACGACACGUUUGUGGCCGAUUGUGUAGACUCGUACAACAGCGAAGUGUCGGCGGAGUCACCACUGGAUGCGUUCAGAAUGUCUAACAGUAGACUACAUCGUGGUAGUCUGCUAUCCGAGUGGGAGAUUCCGUACAAUGAGUUGAAAUUUGACCGACUAAUAGCCAAAGGCAAAAUGGGGGAUGUCUACCGGGCGAAAUGGCAUGGCGACGUGUGCGUGAAGAUGGUACCGUGGACUAAUCCCACAAAUGAGCAACUUGCCCAGUUCAAAUUUGAGGUAACUAUUUUGAAGAAGACUCGUCACGAGAACGUUGUCCUCUUUAUGGGUGCUUGUCUCACGCCGCCGCAUCUCGCUAUUGUUACAAGUUUCAUUCACGGCGAGACAUUGUAUCGUCUCAUCCACGACAACGAAGAGCAUUUCACUUCAGACAGCGUACUUCGUGUUGCCAUGGAAAUAGUCAGGGGAAUGGGGUAUUUACAUGCGAGGAGCAUUGUUCACAAAGAUUUGAGAUCGAAAAACGUAUUUUUGGAAAAAGGACGAGUUGUCAUCACAGAUUUCGGCUUGUCGCCUGUUAUGCAUACAGAAAAGGCAAAAAGUCGUCCUGGCUACCUCCGAAUUCCUCGUGGUCGUCUGUGUUACCUCCCACCAGAGAUCGUAGUGUUACUCAAGCCGACUCCGAGAGGUCUGAAUUGUUUCUGGAGGUCUCGAGCAUCGGACGUGUUCGCAUUCGGUGUGCUUUGGUACGAGCUUUUGGCGGGAAAAUGGCCAUACUCGAGACAGAGAGCAGAACGGACGAUAUAUCAGAUUGGAGCAUGUCUGAAACCUUCGCUGUCUGCCUUGUCGAUUACGCAGUCAACUAAGAACCUAUUCGCGAAAUGUUGGGCACAGGACCCGAAGAAGCGGCCGACGUUUAGUGAUUUGUACCUACUCAUGGACAAGCUACCAAAAAAGCGACUGCAGAGGAGUCCUUCGUACCCAACCAGACUCCCCCAAUCCCAUACAGAUAUAUCUUUUUAGUGUCAAAUAUUAUAUCAACUUGUCAAAUCACAAACUCGUGUAUCCCUCCCUCCCUUGUGCAGGCCAAAUCGUGGCUUGCGGUUGCCUUCUUAUCCAGUAGUUUAUCGACACGAAAUCAAAUGUUUUGUACUAAGUUAGCCUAGACGAGUAGACUGCAACAGAGUAUCACACUCUGUAAACUGUAUUUUGACUUGAUGAGAAGUCUGGAAAUAUUUAAUUUGCAAUAUUCUAUAGCUACUGAUAGAGACUGGUAGAGCAAGCUCUCUAACAUUUCUGUGAUAUCGACCUUUUAAUUGAUUAAUUAAUUAAUAUUCAAUUGUGCUUA